UCGUUGUUGUACUUACCUUUGACAUGGACAGACUUCACCAGAAUUUAACCCGAUAACGUGUUAUUAAGCUAUUUUCUCAAUGACACGUGUCGACAGUUUCAUAAGAGCUUUUAUCGUUUAACCCAAAUCUUGUUUUGUCCUCCUGUAACAUAUUCGCAGGGGAGCUGAUAUUCAUCCCUCAAGUUCCCAGGGAUCCUUCAGCUUGCCCUGAUGGAAGCUGAGCAAGACGGAGACCUCCUUGAAGAGGACUCCACUCAGGAGAAUGUCCAGACAAACAAGUACAGCUCCAUCACUCCUCCUGCCUCACCCGAGGACUAUGGCGACAACUUAACCAGCACAUACUUUGAAGAGAAGGUUCCCAUUCCUGGGAACAUUGACCAGGUGUUCAGUUUCCGUAAGCUCUGGGCCUUCACUGGACCAGGGUUUUUGAUGAGCAUUGCAUACUUGGAUCCAGGGAACAUCGAGUCUGACCUUCAGUCAGGAGCUAAAGCUGGCUUUAAGCUCCUAUGGGUGCUCCUUGGAGCCACCAUCAUUGGGCUUCUGUUGCAGAGGUUAGCUGCACGCCUCGGCGUUGUCACGGGGAUGCACUUGGCUGAAGUCUGCAACCGCCAAUAUCCAACAGUUCCUCGUAUCAUUCUUUGGUUAAUGGUGGAACUGGCGAUUAUUGGCUCAGACAUGCAGGAGGUCAUCGGCUGUGCCAUAGCGUUCAACCUUCUCUCUGUGGGCCGUAUCCCACUGUGGGCAGGAGUCCUCAUCACUAUCACAGACACAUUUGUGUUCCUCUUUCUAGACAAAUAUGGUCUAAGGAAACUUGAAGCUUUCUUUGGCAUACUCAUCACCAUAAUGGCUCUCAGCUUCGGUUACGAGUACGUUUUAGUAAAGCCCGACCAGGGUGAGCUGCUGAAGGGGAUGUUUGUGCCGUAUUGCGCAGGCUGUGGGCAGGUGCAGUUGUUACAGGCUGUGGGAAUCGUUGGCGCUGUCAUCAUGCCGCACAACAUCUACUUACACUCUGCACUGGUCAAGUCACGGGAUGUUGAUCGCAAAAAUAAGAAUGAAGUGAAGGAGGCCAACAAGUACUACUUCAUCGAGUCAACCAUAGCUCUCUUUGUGUCCUUCCUCAUCAACGUCUUUGUGGUUGCAGUCUUUGCUCAGGCCUUCUACAAUAAAACCAACAUGCAAGUGAAUGAAGAGUGCAAUGCAACUGGCAGCCCUCACACGGAUCUCUUCCCUUUAAACAACGGCACACUGGAGGUGGACAUUUACAAAGGGGGGGUGGUCCUUGGCUGUUUCUUUGGAUCUGCUGCCCUUUACAUCUGGGCAAUCGGGAUCCUGGCAGCUGGACAGAGUUCCACCAUGACGGGCACUUACGCUGGGCAGUUUGUAAUGGAGGGUUUCCUGAACCUUCAGUGGUCCCGGUUUGCACGGGUGCUGCUUACGCGCUCCAUCGCCAUCACGCCUACUCUCCUGGUGGCCAUUUUUCAGGAUGUUCAGCACUUGACGGGGAUGAACGACUUCCUCAAUGUUCUACAAAGCAUGCAGCUUCCAUUUGCUUUGAUCCCAAUCCUGACCUUCACCAGUAUGACCUCCAUAAUGAGCGACUUUGCUAAUGGAUUGGUGUGGAAGAUUUCCGGAAGCGUCAUCAUCCUGGUGGUUUGUGCAAUCAACACAUACUUUGUGGUGGUUUACGUCACAACACUGAACAGUACGCUGCUCUACGUUGUCGCUGCCCUCCUCUCAGUUGCCUAUCUGUGUUUUGUCGCCUACCUGGCUUGGUACUGUUUGAUUGCCUUGGGGGUUUCCUGCCUGGACUUUGGCAGCCGGUUGGGGAUGUCGCGGCACACAGACAUUUACUUACUAAACGACAUGGACGCUGACACAAUGGUUGAGAGAUAGGAAGACUUGCAGUGAUGUGCUGCCUCCAACGUGGGACCAUCAGAGCUCGGCCAGUAUGUGUCUGUCUCAUAGACUGUAAAUAUUAGGUCUGUCUUCACCUCUCUGUGCCUUACAUAUGAAGUGUCCUUACAGCACAGAUAAUGCACACACUGAUGUCUGGUAUGCUGAUUAAAACAAUAAGGGUAGUUUGAUCUCUGCAACCUAAGCUAAGUAAGAAUCCUGCAAAUAAUGGGACAUGUUUCACCGAAUAAUGUUUCUGUAACUUUGACACUUAACUUAUUAUGGUUCAGAAAAAAAAAACAGAUCUUGAGGUUCAAUGCGUCCUGUUUUCCUUUGAUUGCAUCUAUAAUCACAUAUCUUUAACGACACCAUAACUUUGGUUAAUAGGUGCCAACCAGGUUGUUCCUUCUACUCUGCAUUUAGAAGUUGCAAAAUUAUAAACACAAGUUUCUACAUCAUCAAAAGACUGGAGUCUUGAGUUCAGAGAAACAGUCUGCUGUUUUUUUUUAGGCAAGUGUUGCACUUAAGCUGCUUUGGACCUCUAAUAUGGCCUCAGGGGUUCAGCAUUGACAGACAUGUGUUUAAUUAAGUUGUUUUUAAACAUUCAGUUGCUCCCUGGUUUAGCUUGUGACAAAGUAAAUCCGAUUUGUCACACGUCAUCUCAAAGUGAGAAUGUGUUUUUGUGUUUGGUCGGUACCAAACCGCAGCCCUGGUUAAGAUAAAAUCUUAACUGUUUAAAAAAAUCAUAAUGUUGAAAUUUGACCAAUCCAUUGUGAUAACUGACACUAGAAUAACAAUGUAAAAGUAGAAAACUAUACCUAGUACUUAAAUUAAAUAAUACACAGUUUUCCCUGUGUUUUGUAGAUGAAAUGACAGAUUCAUAAUUUCUCCUCACUGAUCAACCCACAUGAAGAAAAGUAUAUUGUUUUCGAGCUGUGCCAUAAAUCUCAUGAGCUGUGUAAGCUCUGGUGAGGUGCAUGCAAUUCCCAGCAUGCUUUUCUUGGUAAAACACAACAAAAUAGGACAAAUUAAAUAUUAAAAUGGAAAUUUUGCCAUGGCCUGUUUUUUCAUUUACUUUUUUAGAUCGAUCAAAAAUUACGAAAUUCAAACUAUUACUUGUUUUUUGGUAUUAGAUUAAAUUAUAAAUAAUAGAAUCUAGAAUCUUUAUUCCUAUUUAAUAAUAAUUUAUUGAUUUUGGAUUCUCCAGUGAAUUUUAAAAUGCAUUUUACGCAGGUUUUUCAGUGAUCACCUUCAGUUUCAGUUGUAGUAGCAAAUAAGACAGCAGCACAUGUCUGUAAGCACACCAGUAUGGAUUACUAUUUAAAGUAGAUGAAACUAAAUGUUAAUACUUGAAGUAUGUUCAGUCCAGUGUCUCUCAGCCUGUUUCCUAUCAGUAUUCUCCAUGAGAAUAUAAUCGUUUGGUAUCUCCAAUUUUUUUAAUUAAAUUUUUUAUUAUGUUCUUCACUGUUAAGCGUAGGUCUGUUCACUUCAAGAUUUGUAUAUUCAUGUGUAGUUUCUAUUUUGUAUUAAAUGCUACUUUGACUUAAAUGCAGUUUAAGUGAACAUCUAGUUUAGUUUGUUUUUAAUUGAAUUUAGCUUCAGCUUUCUGUGAACUGUCUACCUGAUUAUGCCAAAUUUGUGCAGAUGUGUAAUAAAGUGCACUCUGUUACAGAAAAUGAGAGCUUUUAAUAUCUGAGAUAAGUGUGUGUGUGGGGGGGGACUGAGGGGUGAGCUGAGCAGACCACCACAGUGCCUCCUGUGCUCACCCUGUGCCUAUUCAUUAUUCAGUUAGAAACGAUAACAAGCUUUUUCAAAUAACUCGUGUUGUUUUAGGUGCAACAAUUCCAACUUUCACUACCUUUAUUGAAAGUCUAUUACAUUUUCUAAUUGGCCUUCUGGGGGCUUCACUGUGUUCUGCACUUGCCAUCAUACUUUCUGGAAGACCAAAAUUUGUCAUUGGAAAAAAAUAUUUUAUGUUUGCCUAAAAGUAUUUUCUCAUGUGAAAAGCCACGUUUUUAAACAACAAUUCUUUUUAGUAGCACUUUUUAAUCAUUACAAACCAGCAUUGAAUUACAAAAGAAAUGGUUCAAGUUGUAAUUUAAAGCAACAAAAAUAAAUGAAAUGACUCAACAAUCUUUUAACUUAUUUUUCUGCAGGAUAAAGGCAUUUUGUUAUUCACGAGUUCAUCUACAUAUGAACCUCAGGUUGUGUUUCAAACUUGUUUCCAGUGAAUUCUAUGGAAAAAAUACCUCAGAUAUAUCUUCUUUUGAUUACAACAUCAUUUGUCGUAAGAUCAAGUAUUAGAAAGUGUCUGAGUUUGAAAACACUUGUUUGUACUGAUUUCAAAGACCAGACAGGAACAUGCCAUACUGUAUUGUAAGUGAGGUUCAUGUUGAUCUGAUGAAGUUGUACUUUAUGAUUAAGUGUUUCUAAAGACCAAGAGGGUAGUGAUGUCAUCAGAUGUGUUGUUUUAAAUUAUGUCAUAAACGUCAUAUUUUGACAAUGUUUUUUUCUUGUGUAAAAAAAUGAAUCAUUAAAAAAGUAUCUUUAAA